AUGGAAGCAAGGAAAGUCAUAAUCUGUGGACUCCCGGCAAAAGGAAUCAUGCCAAAGCUCCACYCACAGCCACCACAAGAAACAGAUGAUGAUCGAGGAAGUGACGUGGUGGAGCUCACACSAGCAGAAUAUAACACAGCUAUGGGAUACUUGGUACGAGUUGAGGAAGACGAAGAGGACAUCGAACCUGAGUUCCGAAGACUUGUCCAAAAGCUCAGAAACGAAGAACAAAGAGUUAUAAAUCAAGAACUCCACUCCGSUGCAAUGAAUCGACCAAAGAAAGAGCAAGGAGAGUCCUCAAGAAAGAGAGGUAGAAGGUGA